CCAUGGAGCGGCGCUGAUGAAAUACCUAUUUACGACUACGAUUGGAGUAAUUUGUCCGCGCGUGUCGGCAAAGACGCCACUUGUAGACCAAGACCAAAUGCUGUGUGCAUUAAAAAAAAGCCUGUCGUUGUUUAUUCAUACCUGGCCGGCGCAAACUGGAGUCUACAAUUAAGAGGUCGAAGAAAUGACGCAUUGGCUUGUGCAUCCUCUGCGGGGUUGGCUGGCGUUGUUGUCGGUCGCAAAUUUUGCCACCGCUUUUCGAUGCCUCAGAGACGACAAUUUCUUGCAGCAAAGGGUCUUCAUCACGCUCAAUUGCUCCAACGGCCUUCCAGGAUGUCCAGAAUUGGAGAGAACGUUCGCCUUCUGGUCGAUAUUCAACGGCCUGGUGUUCAUGCAUUGCAGCUUUUUCCUCGAAAAGCCGCCUAUCCUCUCCAUGACCGUGUGCGCUCUGGCGCUCUACCUCGGCUACUUCGGCAACGAAUUGUUCGUGCAUCGAUCCGUAGCCCUGCGAGGAGCGACCUGGUUCCCCAUCUUUUUGAGCGCACUAACUAUGGCCUGGCUGCUGGUCGCCGCGAAGUUUAUCUUGGCCUCCCGUCGGAAAGACAACACCGAGGAGAACGAGCAGCUGUCGGAGCGGCAGGCUCUGUUCAACCUGCGGAGGCAGAGGAAAACCAGGCAGUCGUGACUGGAGGCUUACGCCUUCGUGCGGGAACCCUCGCGCUACCCGAGAUAUCGCCUCAACUCUUUCCCGCGCGAUUGACAUAGCGCCCAUAUGUAUUUGCACGGCUGUUAACUACGCCCGGCGGACUGCUGCCGUUAGGCCUAUUUGCGACGCGGGCAAAAUGGCCGCCCGCGCGAGUCGUCGUUAUAUUUGUCAUCGUCGCCGCCGUGAUUAUAAGGUCUAUAUGCAUGUGUGGGGCGGCUGUAUUCCUAGUCCGACACUGCCGGUGAUACGUCACUCUCAGUGCGUGCCCAAUUUGCUGUGCACGGCCAGUUGAAAUGGGUGCGACCGUAGUGUUCCCUACAAAGAUUGCUAGGGGGAAAUCUGGCGCUGCGAUCGUUCCACGGCUGUGAGAAUCGUGGAGGAAGGGAAGAAAACGGGGAGGGAGGGUGACGCGAUAACGUUUACGCAGGAAAGAGUCGGCCGAUCACAUUAUCACUUCCCAAUAAGUUUUAGUGUCUUUCACAGCCACGCUAGCUGCAUACGCACAGCGCACUCUUCAAAAAAGAAAAAAAAAGAAAGAAAGAAGACGAAAGGCUGUGACAGCAAACGUGAACCCACCGUACUCCCACGUUGCAAAGGAGACAAUAUAUAUAUAUAUAUAUAUAUAUAUAUAUAUAUAUAU